AUGGGAGCUCCACCGACCAGUGGCUACUGUCUGACAUGUCGGAAGAGACGGGUUAAGUGUGACAAAGGGACUCCGGCGUGCCAGAGAUGCAUCAAGGCUGGAUACAGAUGCAAGGGUUACGACCUGCCCCUGCGGAUGCAGAAUAUGAGCAUCGUGAUGGAGGGGCCGGGAAGACAUCGACUGGCCAGAAUCCCGCACUUCACCGCGGAUCCGUCACGCCAGCUGAGCCUUGUGGCCUUCAAGGACCACAUAUGCUUCACCUAUCUCUUUGAGAACUGCAGCUGGGCUCAUUGCUGGAGGCCGAUGAUCUCACUGACCAAACAAGAUGCGUUAGGGCCGCUGGACUAUGAUUGUAGCUUGGCGCUUGCUUACGCGUAUUUUGGUGUGAAGAAGCAGGAGAAGAAGUUGGAGACGGACGGAAGAAUACUGUACGGGAAGAGCCUUCACGCAGUGAAGACGAUCCUUGAGAGUGACGACAAACAAGAGAUAGGAAGGACGACGAGCGCCGUUUUAAUCUUGGGCCUCAUCGCGACUGCACUGGAUGAUAACCCUUACAUGAAGCAUCACGAUGGUGUCAUACAGAUUCUGAAGCGCUGUGGUCCACGGCACUUUCAGCAGGAGCCGCUGCUGACCGCUUUUCGACGAAGCCGGGGAAUUCUAGUCUGCAAGUCCUUUGCGCUGCGGAGACGAUGUUUUCUCGAAGAGCCUGAAUGGAAGACGAUACCGUUUGAGAUCUCUGGGAAAGACUCAUCAGAUGAGCUUUUGGACAUACUGUGUGACAUACCAGGCCAAGCAGAAGAUUGUUUCUCCUCUCCGCCAAACAUAGUGUCCGACUCCCAUCCUUCACCAAUGUGCCAAAUCGCUCGACUUUCCAAUCAACUGCGCAUCUGGCGCCGCAAGUGGGAUGAAGCGAAUCCUCAUCUGGCCACUGGGAUUUCGACCAACACGACAGACUCAAAGAAUCACGGUGCAGAAACGCUGGCUUUCUGCAACCUUAAGCAAGCAACUGAGAUCUUCACAUACAAUGCUGCGCUUCUCUAUCUAUCACAACUUCGAGACGCGAUACAGGACGGCAGACGCUGGACAGGGCCUCUUUCAAUAGUCGAAAUGGACUAUAUCAUGAACAUGACUAGAGCGAAUCCCCAAUCUCCCCUCCUCCAGCCUGAUCCGGUUGUGUUUACGCUGCAGCCCGCGCUGGAAGCUGCCAACAUCUUCCCUUAUCUUUACCACUGCAUGAGGACUGAAAAUCUCAGCGACGUUUUGGUUAUUUUGGCUCCUUUGGGUAUUGUGUACUGUGCGCUGCAGAGUCGUCCGAACCUGCUUAGUAAAGUUGCCGGACAGUUUGAGAUGCCGUUCAUCAACGAAGUUGGAUCAAUGCUGCAAAGGUACUCUUUCCCAAGCGCUCAAGCGGGUUAG